AUGUUUGCUUUAUUAGUAAUUCAAGUAUUGUCUGAAAUAAGACCUAUUUAUGGAUGUGAAACUGAUAAUACUAUUACUGUUGGUCCUACAGAGAUGGUUACCGAACACAUUUAUGCUGAUUCUUCUCUGUGUAUUGAUGGAUCAGUUUUUAUUCAAUCUGAUGAACCCUAUCAUGUUAUUUAUAGGUUCGAUGUUGAACGAAAUGGUCAAACUACUAUUGGAAGAGAAGUACAUGCCGAAAACCCCAUAUUGAUAGGCUCUAUAGCAAGAAAAACAAAAAUUAAAAUUAUACCUAUCCAAAACAGACCCAUGAGAAUUUCGCUCAUUGGUGUUUACGUUUCGCAUUCAGUUAAUUCAAAGAAUUUUUAUGGAGUUUUUUCCACAAUGAAAAAUUUCAGUAAGAAAACUACAAUUGAUCCAGAUCAUACAGUAACAAUUGUUGCUGUUAAUGAAUAUCCAUUAAAGUUUACUAUUAAAAAGGACAAGAGCCUUACAAGAGUGCUUGUAAAUGGAUAUGAAUCAUCAUCAAGUGGAAAUAGAAUUUGUGUAGUUGCUACUUCAAAUGAUCAAUCCAAUGAAGUAGUUGAAAUUAAGUGCCAAAAUGAUGAAGAGCCAACACCAGGAUUUAGAAAUCCAUUUGGAGAAGAUCUUUUCUACAUUCUUCCUGAAGAAGGUGCCUAUGUUCUUAGCCAAAUUAAGUCAUAUACAGAUUAUCAUAAGGAUAUUUUCACCGAUAUUCAGUCAGGUGGCGAAGAUCCUGAUCCGCAAGAUCCCGAUCCACAAGAACCUGAUCCACAAAAUCCUGAUCCACAAGAACCUGAUCCACAAAAUCCCGAUAAGGAAAUUAUAAAUGAAGAAUUGAAUACUAAAUACAAAGCGAAAUGCCAGUCCCAGGAAAAGUCAAUGAUAGUUGGUGAGGAACAUCCGCAAAGUGUCAUUGUUUCACUUAAAGCUGGUGAGUAUAAAUGCAUUUCAGGAGGCUUUGUAUUUGCUUCAAAGGAUCAAUAUAAGUUGGAAGUUUACAAUUUAUCAACGAAAGAUAAAGAGCCGACAGAAUUUUCUAACCCAUUCAGUAUCUUUGGAGGAGCACCAUUAUCUAUUCUUAAAUGUGGAGAUGCACAAAAAGAGUGUAAAGUUCAUUUGAUAACAAUGAAAAAACCUGAUUUCAACGGCACAGUAAGAUCAUUUUUCACAACGAAGAAUAAAUUACAACAUGAUUAUGAAGUUAAAACAUCAGGUGAAGUAGUUAUGUGGACAGCACAUAGGACGGAAAAUAUAAAGUUUUUCGUUGGAAGAUUCGAAUGA